AUGGCAGCAAACCGACCCGUGGAGCUCAACAACAUGGCCGAGGGCGAGGUCGAGCGCCAAGUGAGCGAAGGCCUCUGCUGGAUCUGCAGAGACCCGGACAGGGCCGAGCCCUUGGUGGCACCCUGCCGCUGCCGCGGGAGCAUGCGCGGAGUGCACGCGAGCUGCAUCGAGUCCUGGGUUGCUGCGAGACAAGAGCAGAGGAUGCGCUCGGAGAUGCAGGGUGGUAACAGUGCUCAGCCCAGAAUCUGCUGCGAUCUGUGUGGCGAGCCUUACCAGGCAGAGCACCAGCCAGCCAAUCUUUGUGAAUGUCUGCGGGCCCACUGCCGCAGCUGCGUAGAGGAGAUGCGAGACUCCAGGCUGAGUGCCCGGCAGGUGCUGCUCGUGAUGUUCUUCACCGCCUGGCUGCUUUUCGUUCUUUUGGCCACGGCCGAGUUGGUAGCCGGCUAUCUCAUGCAGGCAUGCCGAAAGAGUUCCUGCUGGAUGGCAAGUACUGUGCUGGCAGUCUGCUUGUUGACCUUGCUGCUCGAGAUGGUGGUCGUCUUGGUAUCCUUCCCCUACUCUGGGACUCCUCCCAGCUGCACGGUUCUACGGCCUUUCCACAUUUCCGCGACCGACCCCAACACGAAGGCCGUCGUGUUCCUCCUGUGGCUUCAUUUGUGGAUGGCACCGCUCAUCUCGGCGCUCUGUGGCUGCCUUCUUCGCGCCGCCUCCAUUGCUCCCAGCGCAACGCCUGUGGCCUGGUGGCUGCUGGGGAUUUUGGUGGUGCCACCACUGAUGCCUCACUUGAAGCAUGCCUGCAUCGCUUUGCGCGGCUUCUCCUGGCAGCAGAUGGCUAGCAGUUGUGCCACCUUCGUGCAGGAGUUGCAACGCAUGGGCAGGGCUUGCUGUUCCAGCAGAAGUCUCGAGCGCACCUGCGGCUUCCUGCGGCUGGUUUCGAGCCCCUCUUUGCCGUGGCUGCACGUUUGGCUGGCCUUCCCUUUCGGCAUCGCCUGGUUCUGCUCGGCACCGGCCAGGCUGCGCUACUGGGUACUGGGCCUGAGCGGUGGCAUUGGCUGCGUUGCCUCUGCCUUUGCCUUGCUGCAGCUCUGCUUAAAGGGACCUCAGCACGACGACUAUCUCUGUCCCUACGAGGCCUCCGUUCGAAUGCAUGCGGGCUGGUUCCUUUCCCUUGUCAUGUUGCUCUAUGCUGCUUUCAGUGUUUUCGCAGAAUGGCAUUUCCUACCGCACUCAAAGCGAGACCCGGUGAGAGCCAACGUUGCUGUCUUCGCGGUCUGGUGCGUGUGGAUGUCACUGGUGACCAGCUUGGCCCUCUAUGCCAACUGCACCAUGCUGUUGGGGUACAGCCAGACUUGGCGGAGACAGCAUGGUCGCCUGCGGAUCGCUGGAGAAGCUCUGGUACUGUCGGGUCGGCAGACGACUUUGGCUUGUGCAGGCCGUGUGGUCGUGAGGAACUUUGUCGAGAGGCGUUCUGGGCUGACAACUCUCGCGGUCUGGGGUCUGCUGCUCAUGAUGCCAUAUGCCCCUGGUACCUGCCUCGGCAUCGGGCUGGAACUCUGCGCAGCAAGCUCGGCUAAAGACAGACAAGCGCUGAACUUCAAGGGCACCUUUGGACUCUUUAACAUGUUGGACGAUGCAGAACACUUUGGGUACCUGCGGCAAUUGCUGCUCAAGGGCGCCUGCGAAGGAGAUCCCGUCCUGGUGAGAGAGGCGCUCGAUGCCGGGGCUGCAACCGAGAUAAGGACUUGCGUCAUGGCAUUGCUGGAUUCGCGUGCCGCGCUGGAUGCUGAAGACGAGGAGCUGAAUCAAGUGCUGCGGGAUCGAUGCGAUGGCGGCGCCGAUAAGGCAGUUGAUGCUGAGGCCCUGAUCCUGGCCGGUGCGGAUGCGUCACUGAAAGACGCAGAACAGAGAACCGCCCUGGCCGAGCCAGCCUGUUUCGCAGAGUUAUGCGGGCAUGUGCGGGCCCUCUGUGGCAAAACGCAGCAAUCAGCUCACGCUUUCGACUUCAACGUACUCGUAGAACGUGGGCUUCUACUAGCAUCGUUCAGAGUCACAGUCGAAACCUCCAAAGCUUCUACGUAG